GAAUGCGGCUGCAUCGUCUGACUACAGUUUAGAAUCCCUCCAGAAGGAGUUCACGUCGGCCUUCCAUCUUGGCAAAAGCUGUAAGAGCUCCCCAAUAUCAAUCCUUACUGCGGCUGCGGCUGUUGCACCACAACGUGCUUCUGUUCCAUGUUUUGCAGGAUUGAUUAUGUUAACACUCUGCUCUAUGACUUCAUAGCCCAUAUUGCUACUGGCCCGGACCCAACUAUGGACCUCGUCUCAUUAUACGGGUUAGGCCCGAUUGCGAAAUCGGUUGCCAGAAUGGACCCAGUUACAGGAGAGAAGAUCAACCGACUGAGAAAGUCCUACGAAGGAAAGCUAAAAGGUCUCGGGCUAGCAGGAAGAAAUAAGCCUGUCAAGACCGAACCGGCUGCGCCAGGCAGUUUGCGGCAUAUGACCUUGUGGCCUGAAGAGGAAUGGCAAAACCAGAAGGUCUUUGGGAAGCAGAUCAAGGUUGCUGAUAUGGAUUCGGCUCUGCAGAAGUUGCAGAUGAAGGCGAUGAAGAUGGAACCCGGUACGGUGCCAAACAAUGACUACUGGGAAGAUGUGCUGGGUCACGAAAAGCCGUCGAAGCAUGCAGGCGCUGGUGAUACUGGGAAGAAGCCAUCAGCACCUCCGAGUGGCGCUCGAGCAGGCAGUCAGCCGAAUGGAACACCAGUCCCCACGGAACCGGAGCGUACUCGACCAAGUCGCGGGCGCAAGAGGCAUUAUGACGAUAGCAGCUUUGUUGGCUACGGUGAAGGCUACGCGGACGACGAUGACGAAAGCGCAUUUUACUCGAAUAGCGAGGGAGUUGGAAAGAAGAAACGGAAGAAGGUAUGACAAUGCCUUUUGCGGUGGAGAGGAGCUGCACCUUGGUUUUCUAGCUUGCUGAUGGCCUUGGUUUUCUGUCCGAAAAGGAUCACGUCCCGAAAGUGUCUACUCCCUUGCCUGAAAGGGGCGGGAGCUAUGGAGUUGGGAUGUUUGGAAUUGGGGCCAGA